GAAAUAUCCGUCAACGUCAUCUCUUCCAAACCCUCUGCACACAUGCCUCUGCGUUUCAAGUUUCAACCCUUCUUCUCCUCCUCUAUCCUUUCCUCUUCCUCCCUAUUUAAAUCAAUGAUUUUGAGACCUAAUUCCAAUGGGUAAUUGUAACAAUGGGAAGAAGGAGACUCAAGCUUGAGCGAAUCGAAGAUAAAAGCUCGCGCCAGGCUACCUUUUCCAAGCGCCGAAAUGGAAUUUUCAAAAAAGCCAAGGAGAUAUCGGUGCUCUGCGAUGUGGACGUCGCCCUCAUCAUUUUUUCCUCUACUAACAAGCUCUACCAGUAUAGCAGCAACUCCAGAAUGAGUAAGAUCCUGCAACGAUAUUAUAAUCAUCCAGCGGCAAAAGCUGCAAGUCCCUCCACACAACAGGAUGAUUAUUCAAGUUUCCUCACAUGUGAGGAGCUCCUUCAAACUGUGGAUAGGAAGCUCGGCGAGCCAUUGUCCGACGACCUCACGGUCACCGACAUUAUGCAUCUCCAGAAACAAUUUGAGAAUGCACUAAUACAAACCAGAGAAACUAAGACUCGUUUGCUACUCAAGUCUAUAUCAAGCCUCAAGGAACAGGAAAAGCAGCUGGAGGAAGAGAAGAUGAUGCUGCAGGAAAAGGUGGAAGAGAGCAAGAGGAAGGGGAAGGGAAAGAGGAAGAGAUUUGCUGUUGAUCUGAACGUAAUGCCAACAAUAGCUGAAUAAGUGAUCAUUUCUGCCUCUGAGAAAUGCAAGGUUAUAGCAAGUGUUGUGUUGUGUUGUGUUGUGUUGUGUUCAUCAAUCAUCAUGCAAUAACCAAUAAACAGAAUAUCUGUGUUAUGUAAGCUUGUAGUUGUGUUUGAAUGAUGAAGUGAUUAGUUAAUAUAAAUAGACUUUAUGUUAUAGUAA